GCGGCGAGGGGUGCUGGACGUGCAAUACUUCUCUCACUCUCCUAUUCGAUUAUUCAACUUCAUAUUUUCUCUGUUCUGGGAUAAGUGACCGACGCUGCUCGUACCAUCCUCCCCAGUGUUCACCAAAUACAGACAAAGAUAAAAAGCACAAAGAAGAGAGGGAGAGAGAAGGGAGGGAAGGCUCUGAACUCUGUUUCAUCAGUGCUUGCGAAGUGAAGCGUCAAAAUGAGGUUCCGAUUCCCCGAAAUCACUAUUACGCGACUAUUUAUAUGGAUCGUCACUGUGCCGACGAUCUAUGUCUUCCUUAUGGUGGCGUACAUGCAUUCUGAUAGCCGUGACUUCAAGGUGACUCAGGAAGUAUAUUUCUUAGUUGAGAGGGACGGGAAGCCUUUGGGUGAGAUGGUGUUCGGUCUGUUCGGCGAGGCGGCUCCGCGAACCGUCAGGAACUUCGUCACUUUCGCCACCAAAGGUUACAAAGGCAAGAAGUACCAAGGCUCCAAGUUCCACCGGGUUGUCAAGAAGUUUAUGAUUCAAGGUGGGGACGUGGUGAGCGGGGACGGCAAAGGCAGCCUUUCCAUCUACGGUGAGACCUUCGCUGACGAGAAGAUGGAGAUCAAUCACUCCACCCAAGGAAUGCUCAGUAUGGCUAACAAAGGACCAAACACUAACGGCUGUCAGUUCUUCAUCACCACCAUCGCCACGCCCUGGCUUGACGGGCACCACGUGGUCUUUGGAAAGCUGGUGAAGGGAGAAGAGGUUAUGCGAGAGAUCGAGAACACGGCAACAGACUGGCAGGACCGCCCCUUGAAAGACAUUGUCAUCUCUAAAUCUGGCAGACGACCUUUUGUUGAGGCGUAUUACAUCAGCAAUAACCCUUACAAUUUACGCGACUGGAUGAAGACGAUGACCCUUCCUAUCGGCUCGGUUGUUGUUCUAAUCAUAGUUUACCAUAAGUGCAUAAAGAUAUUCGACGCAGCUAGUGGUGAUGACGACGACAAGACCAAGAAGGCGAAGAAGGAAACAGAGAAAGCAAAGAAAACUGCAGAAAAGAAACGUAAAUCCAGAAAAGAGGAAGGAAAUGAAACAGAGGAGGAAACCAUGGCUAUUGAAACAGAGGGAGAAGAAGAACAGGAGGAAGAAGAGAAGGUAGGAGAGGAAACGGAAGGACUACCCAAGAGUCUUAGAUUGUUCUGGAUGAAGGCAAUAACAGCAGCAGUAGCAGCAGCAUCUGUGUGGGACUGA